GUUUUGAAGGGGAAAUGGGUUCAGAUUUCUUUGAUGGGGACGGAAGGGGGAAGUAAAUAAUUGAAAUGUCUCUGAUAUCUGGCAAAUAUACAUUAAGGGAAUAUCAACCAGCGUCCUUGCCGUAUCCUUGCUCCUGAAAAAAAUCGACCGGAUAACCUCCUGGAUUCGUAAGACUGAAGUUUGAAUCCUGUCCACUCCUGUCUUUGUUAACGUACAGUAGUCGUACAGGGGACGUCCGUAAUAAAGUAUAGAAUAAAUGACAGUCCCAUUGACACGAAUAGCUUAAAAUUGUAAUGACUUUAUGUUUACUAGUCUGUACUGUUGUGAUAAAUUGUUGGCUAACAGGCGAUGGAAAGCGGAGGGUCACAAUCUGGUUUGUGCGAACAAAGGAUAUGUUAACUUGAUCGAAACAGAUCAAUGUGUGUAUUAUCAAUAGCGCGUUUUCCAAAAGCGGAAAUUCUGGACUUGAUAUCUAGAAGUGGCCAUUAAUGUGGCUAGUGUUAGAAAAUCACACGGAAGAAGAUGGCAGCAACUAAAGGCAAAGCUGGACUAAAUAAUGAAAGCAGUUCUGGUCGGGAUAGUGGCAGGACAGACGCAGGCAGUCCCACGUUAUCCGCAGCGGCCGCAUCCCUGACCACCAGCAGGACCUACACACUAGAUGACCUGGACACCAUUGCCACUGUUGGUACAGGAACCUUUGGAAGGGUUUUUCUGGUGAAGGAUAAAAAGACAAGAGGUUUCUUUGCUCUGAAAGCAAUGAAAAUCCCAGAUGUGAUUCGUCUGAAGCAGGAGCAGCACGUACAUAAUGAGAAAGAGGUUCUGACGGAGGUGAACCAUCCUUUCCUUGUCAGACUGUUCUGGACGCACCAUGAUGAUCGUUUCCUGUACAUGCUGAUGGAAUAUGUGAACGGCGGUGAACUCUUCAGCUAUUUACGCAGCCGAGGACGUUUCAGCAACAGCACAGGAAUGUUUUAUUCAGCUGAAAUCGUCUGUGCCAUUGAAUACCUCCACUCCAAAGAAAUAGUCUACAGAGACCUGAAACCAGAGAAUAUACUGCUGGACAGUGAAGGGCACAUUCGUUUGACAGAUUUCGGGUUUGCUAAAAAGCUCUCAGAAAGGACAUGGACUCUGUGUGGUACUCCUGAGUAUUUGGCUCCAGAAGUGAUCCAGAGUAAAGGUCAUGGGCGAGCUGUGGACUGGUGGGCUCUGGGUGUUCUCAUCUUUGAAAUGCUUGCAGGGUAUCCACCAUUUUUUGACGAUAAUCCCUUUGGCAUCUACCAGAAGAUCCUGUCCGGGAAGCUGGAGUUUCCGCGGCAUCUGGAUUUCUAUGUAAAGGACCUAAUCAAGAAGUUUCUGGUGAUUGAUCGGGCAAGAAGGCUUGGAAACAUGAAGAAUGGAGCUGAUGAUGUGAAGAAGCACAGAUGGUUUAAGUCAGUAGACUGGGAUUCUGUGCCCUGUAGAAAACUCAAGCCACCAAUAGUUCCCAAGGUAUCUCACGAGGGCGACACAUCUAACUUUGACACCUAUCCAGAGGAUGAGUGGAAGAAGGACACACCAGUACCAGCUAAGGAUCUGGAAAUUUUCAAGAACUUCUGAAAGAAUAGUCUUUUAAAUGAAUAAAAAGACAGGACUGUUAGAAGAUAAUGAUUUAGAGCUGACGUUUUUACAUAAUCAUUCAGGGGACGUUAAACGGUCAUAUUGCAUUAUUAUAAUAGGCAUGUCUUGCCUGCUUGUCCCUGAAUCCUGCACACUUGAGAAACAGAAACAGACUUCUGAUCAUCAUAAUCACGUUAAAACAUUUACCGAAGAAAACAGUUCAUCACUUCAGCAACUUGAUUCAACACUCUCUGCGUCUCUUAUAUUAUGCAAAAGUAAUGUUUUUAAAUAUCCUUUUAAAUAAGCAAUAUCAAGGUUCUGUUCAAGGUUCUUUUUGCUGGAUCAAGACGGCGUCUUCGCUUAUGACUCAACAUGUAUGGUCUUGGUUGUGUUAUGACUUUAUGUCUUGAAAAGCUUGCUGAAUUACAACGUUAAGCCUGACAAAUUUUCUUCAUCGAUUAUCUGAACUUGCUGUGUUGAUCCUUUCCUCCCACAUGGUACUGCUAUGUAAACUUCGUAACGUUAGGCCUGUUUCACACUGCACUCUCGAGCAAAAGGAAACAAAGCAAAAACGUAACUGCAGCAUUGUGCUUGUAUACUGGCAGCAUUUCUCCUGCAUAACAACUCAGCCAGUCUAAAAAGAAGUAUUUGGUCAGAGUAAAUAAUGCCAGUGCAUUUUAAAAUUGUUAUUUUUUAAAUAAUUACAACUACAGAAAAGUAUAGUCUGAAAUGUAAUUUACAUGUGAUUGCCAUAUUUACAUCCAAAAUGUCAUUAAUCUGCAGAACCCAAAUUUCAAACUUUAACGAUAAACUGUUUUAGUAAUUUGAAUUCAGUCAUAUUUUCUAAAAAGAAAGUGCUGCUUGUGUGUGUGUGGGUGUGUGUGUGUGUGUGUGUGUUUAGAUGUUAAGUCAAUAGUUUACUCCUAUGUUUUAUCUAAAUAAUGUAACCUGUUAAUAUUGUAUGUAAGCCCGUCAGAAAAAAGGCUUUGGUAAAUUAAUUUUUAAAUACUAAUUCAUAAUUAUGAGGGGAAAAAGGCGAAAUUAUUACUUAAAAAGUUAUAAUUUUGAGAUAAGUCCAGUUUAUUUGUCAUAAUUUCAAUUUAUAUCUCACUUUUUUGUGAUUAUAAUUUAAAAUUUGAGUCAUAUGACAUUUUUGACUUUUUUUAUUUAAAAUUUUGGUAACACGUUACAAGAUUCAUUAGUUAACAUUAGUUAACUACAUUAGUUAACAUGAACUAAGAAUGAACAAUACUGCUACAGCAUUUAAUAAUCUUAGUUUAUGUUAAUUUCAGCUUUUACUAAUACAUUAUUAUUAAUUUUAAAAUACUAAAUCAUAAUUAUGAGGGGAAAGGCAAAUUAUUACUUUAAAAGUUAGAAUUAUGAAAUAAGUUUGUCAUCAUUUCAAAUUUCAUGUCAUAAUUAUGACUAUAUCUCAAUUUAGAUAAAAAAGUCAUCAUUUCACACAAGUCACAAUUAGGAAAAAUUUGACUUGUCAUAACUUUAUGAUAUUUAGAAGUCAAAAUUGGAAUUUUUGUCAUUUAAAAUUUUGGUAACACUUUACAAUAAGAUUCAUUAGUUAACAUUAGUUAACUACAGUAGUUAACAUGAAUUAAGAAUGAACAAUACUUCUACAGCAUUUAUUAAUCUUAGUUAAUAUUAAUUUCAACAUUUACUGAUGCAUUAUUUAAAUCACAAGUUGUGUUUGUUAACAUGAGUUAAUGGUCUGUGAACUAACAUGAAAAAAAUGAACGACUGCAUUUUUAUUAACUAACAUGAACAAACAAUGGACGUACAUUUAUUACACUAUUUAUUAAUCUUUGUUAAUGUUAGUUAAUACAUUUACUAAUGUUAACAAAUGACACCUUAUUGUAAAGUGUUACCAUUUUUUUUAUUUUUUGCUAUUUAUUUUUUGUCAUUUGUAUUUUCAUCUCAAUUUCUACUUUUAUCUCAUAAUUUUAUCUUGUAACAACUUUUUGACAUUAUAUUUCAGAAUCAUGACUUGUACAAGUAAUAAUUUAGAAUUUUUUGUCAGAAUUUUGUUUACCAAAGCUUCCGUACACAUUGACCCCAAAAUAAGUGAGCACAGGAGUCGUCUGCAGUGUGAAACAGAUUGUGUUUUUGUGUUCUACUGUGCUGCUUUUUAAUUAUUUUUCUAUGUAAACAUGCAUUAGCAGACAUGUUUGACAAUGGCGCUGUCUUGCUUAUUUUUGUCUUAUGCAUCAGCACUACUUUAAGGCAAGUUUAAAACACUUCAAACAAGUACAACUUAUAAAAACAUGCCUUCUUUUCCAUUCAUCAGUGUUGCGGCUCUGCAGUUAGACAUUAUUGUUCAGCAUCUCAAGUUGACCUCAAAAGCGCAGUUUGUGUGAACGGCCCCAAGAAUCCAAAGAGCUUUUGAACACAUUCCUGCCAGGAUGUCAGUCUAAGAAACCAGGUGAAGUAGAGGUACAGUAGCACUUACCUAAUCAAACAUGACCUCACAAACCUGUAGCUAACUAAUAAAUUAGCAUUAACGCUUGUAUUAUGAGAUGCCUGUUCAUAUACUUUGGCUGUUGUGCUUUAUGAUGUUCUAUAUGUGUUUACUAAUUGGUUAAGUGCAUAAACAGUUUACUAGCCAGGUGUUUUCUAAAGUUGCCUUGCAUAUGGGGGUGAAUUUAGCAAACACAGUUUACAUUGCUUUGUAAUGCUACUUAAUUCACCUGAUCUCAUGACGAAAACGUACCUGUGGGAACUUUUUCGCAAGACGCGAAACACGUUCCAAUAGGUAUGUAUCACUGCAGUCUCCAACAGAAAUGAACACUGAAGCAUUCGCAAUCGUUUUCAUACACAGCUCCAUAUGUUUCGCUAACAGGUGUUGUGCCAAAUUCUGACCCCCACCAGAUUACUACCCCCUCCAAGUAUUGGUAGGUUUAGGUUUGUAGCGAUUCAUGUAGCGUUCAUGUAGCGAUUUCAACGAGAGGAUAAUAAUUUGGGUUGAAAAUGGGCACAACACGUGACAUAACAAGCUUGUUCGGUAGCUCAGCCAGCACGAAAUUGGACUUAGGAUGCGGAAUCCUUGGGUACGAAUCUCGUGAAAAAUAUCACUCACAAUGAAAGAGCUAAAAGAUAAGAGAUUUUUUUAAAAACAAGCUAAAAACAGCAUACUUGCGUUUGCAUUUUUACAUCGCAUGCACUUUUGUUCAUACUGUCGGGUAAGUUUUGGGUGUCUUGUAGACACGGUAUUUUGAAACGUCAUGGACCAUUAGAGUUAUAGCGCCACUCAACGGACAUUUCAAGUUAGAGCUGCAGUGACGCAUACAAAACCAACGUCACAUAAAAAAUACCAUACGUUCAUCUGUUCUGAAAAAAAAAAUCUCUUUUAGUGCCACUCAGGUUUAGGGUUAUGUGUGGGGGAAAGGUUCGGAUUACCCAAACACGUAGCGAUUUCAACGAGAGGGGGAAAUAAUUUGGCAAGGAGUCAAAAAUGAGCACAACACCUGACGUAAUAAGCUUGUUCGGUAGCUCAGCUGGCACAGAAUUAGACUUAGGCCGCGUGUCCACCAAAGUGUGCUGAACUCUGAGCGUCUGACACAACAAGCUUGCUCAGUAGCUCACCCGACACGGAAUUGGACUUACAGAAUCUUUGGGUACGAAUCCUGUGAAAAACAUGACUCGCGAUGAAAGCUGAAAUAUGAGAGAUCGAAAAACAUGCUAAAAUGGCAUGCUUGCGUUUGCUUUUUUACGUCACAUUUGUUUUUGGUUCAUAAUGUCGAGUAGGUUUAGGUGAAAUGCAGAUGCUGUGUUAUUUUAACCCGUAAAUGCAUGACUGUUUCACCAAUCAUUAUUACUUAUUCGUGUCUUUAGUGACCCGGAACUAUAUAUCCAGCACAGAUAGGAGGGGUCGAAAAUGAGCACAACACCUGAAAGAACAAGCUUGUUUGGUAGCUCAGCUGGCACUGAAUUUGACUUAGGAUGCGGAAUCAUUGGGUAUGAAUACCGUGAAAAACAUGACUCAUGAUGAAAGAGCUAAAAGAUGAAAGAUCAAGAAACAAGCUAAAACAACACAUUUGAUUUUUGUUUUGUUUUGUUUUGUUUUGUUCCAUAGUGCAGAUGGAAUGUUAUUUUAAAACGUCACAGAGUUAUAGCGCCACUCUUUUAGCGCCACUCAGGUUUAGUGUUAUGUGUGGGGGAGGGGUUAGGAUUAGGCAAUCAUGUAGUGAUUUUAAAAAAAUGAGCACAACACCUGACGUAACAAGCUGGUUCAGUGGCUCAGCUGGCACGGAAUUAGACUUAGGCCGCAUGUCCACCAAAGUGUGCUGAACUCUGAGCAUCUUUUUCUCACUGAACAUUCAGGUGUUUUUUUUUUCUCAGCGCCAAGAGUUGAAGAAUGUUCAACUUUGAGUAAAACACUCCGCUCAACGCUGUUACUUUCUACUCAGCCAACCAAUCAGAGCGAAAGAGGGGCGGGACUAAUAACGAUCAACCUGCUUGUACUUCAACUGAACAACAUUGGAGAAGUUAAUAUUGUUUGUUUUCAACUACUUAUGUCUUUACCAGAUGGAAAUACCAGACUACCAUACUAUUGUUACAAAAAAUAAUGCUUGGAAAAACAUUUCAAUUAGCAAUGCGUCUGCCAUUACUUAAGUGGAUAUUCUGUAUCAUAACAACCACAGCGUCUCAACGGGAAAACAAAUGCUGCGCUCUUAAGCACUCACAGCUGAGCAUUUUCAGCUGGCAAAAAACACUUUGGUGGACACGCAGCCUUAGAAAGCGGAAUCCUUGGGAAAAACAUGACUCACGAUGAAAGAGAUGAAAGAAAACAAGCCAAAAUGGCAUGCUUGCGAUUGCGUUUUUACGUCACAUUCACUUUUAUUUAUACUAUCAGGCAGGUUUAGAUGUAGUGCAGAUGGUACGUUAUUUUAAAACGUCAAGGAGCAUUAGAGUUAUAGCGCCACUCAACGGACAUUUCAAGACAGACCUGCGGUGACACGUACAAAACCACCGUCACAUAAAACGUACCAUAUGUACGUUUAUCUGUCACAGGGAAAUAAACAAACUCGCUUUUAGCGUCGAAUAUGUGAAGAAACGUACAUGGUGCUACAUAUUUCAGAUCUUGCGAGAAAGUUCCCACGGUUAUGUUUUCAUCAAGAGAUCAGGUAGUACUUAAUAUAUGUUUGGCGUUUAAAAGCCUUGCAUAAUGGAAAGAGAAGUGACUAUGGUGUGAAAUGCUUUAGAAAUGUAGCUACUGUGUGUAUGUUCAAACAAAUCUUCCAGUUUUUCUUAACUGCUUUUGUCUGAGGCGGUAAUCUGUCAUUGUAAAGUGUCUACUGGAAAUCAUUCAUUUGCUAUCAUUUCUUGAAAUGACUGUUCUUUUUAAAUUGCAAAUGCAGUUUUAUACUAAGGAAACCAACUUGCAGAUUUCAUAUGAACUUGACAGCUGUUACCAUCUUGAGGGUUUUUUUUUAUGUUACUGUUUGUUUGUUGUUCCCUGUGUGAAUAUUUUUGCUGUAUUCUAUUCUAUAUUUUUAGUGUGUUCUUUUUUUAUACUUGUUUGAGAAAAAAUAGUAUUUUAUAUUGUUUGCAACAGCAAAAAAAAAAAAAAAAAAAAAAACUAAAA